AUGGCUAUGGAUUUAAGGGUAGGUAAUAAAUAUCGUAUAGGAAGAAAGAUCGGUUCAGGUUCUUUUGGUGAAAUUUAUCUUGGAACAAAUAUUAUUAAUGGCGAAGAAGUUGCUAUAAAACUUGAAUCUACAAAGGCUAAACAUCCACAAUUAGAAUAUGAAGCAAAAGUUUAUAAAACUCUUGCUGGUGGUGUGGGCAUUCCAUUUGUCCGCUGGUACGGUACUGAAUGCGAUUAUAAUGCUAUGGUGAUUGAUUUAUUGGGUCCAUCAUUAGAGGAUUUGUUCAAUUUUUGUAAUCGCAAAUUUUCAUUAAAGACUGUACUAUUAUUAGCCGAUCAAUUGAUUUCUCGAAUUGAAUAUAUACAUUCAAAAAAUUUCAUUCAUAGAGAUAUUAAGCCUGAUAAUUUCUUAAUGGGAAUUGGUAAACGUGGUAAUCAAGUUAAUGUGAUCGAUUUUGGCUUGGCCAAAAAAUAUCGCGAUCCAAAAACACAUUUACACAUUCCUUAUAGAGAAAAUAAGAAUUUAACAGGCACAGCUAGAUAUGCAAGUAUUAACACUCAUUUAGGAGUUGAACAAUCUCGUCGUGACGAUCUUGAGUCACUGGGUUAUGUAAUGAUGUAUUUUUGUCGCGGAUCACUUCCAUGGCAAGGUCUUAAAGCCGCAACAAAAAAACAAAAAUAUGAUCGUAUUAUGGAAAAGAAAAUGACCACUCCCACAGAACUUCUUUGUCGCACAUUCCCUAAUGAAUUUGCUAUCUAUUUGAAUUAUACAAGAUCUCUUAGAUUUGAUGAUAAACCAGAUUAUAGCUAUCUAAGAAAAUUGUUCCGAGAUUUGUUUGUUCGUGAAGGAUUUCAAUACGAUUAUGUAUUCGAUUGGACAAUUUUCAAAUAUGAAAAAGAAGCUAACAAAGUUCAUCCACCUUUACAAAUGCCAGAAGAUGCAAAUAAUGCUGGUGAAGCUGUUGAUGAAGAUAUCAAGAAUCAAAAACGUGCUGUUAAUAAUAGACAGGCAGUCACUGCCUCAAAUUUUGCUAACGAUCCUUCAACACCUCGCCGUCCAACAAAUAAACCAAUUUAUGGAACUGGUAUCAGUUCUACAAGAGCUGCUACAUCUACCACACCACAACCCAUUGCAAGUGGCUCAUCACGGUUAACAUCAGUUCCUAGGCGUAAUAAAGAUAGUGCUGCACCCGUUACAGAUAAUAAUAAUAGAGUUGUAACUUCAGAUAGACUACUUCGUAGUCAAACUAAAAAUAAUCCAGCGGCAGUAAAUUAUUUAAGUUCGUAUAAAGGUGGUAGAAAAGAUGAUCCAACUGGUGGAAACGGACAAUGUGUUACGGAUUAUCUCAGAAAUCUUUUGGGAGUAGCAUGUAGAAGAAGUGUUAAGUAUGAGAUUAAUGUUAAUGUAGUGAUGAAACGAAAAAUUGAUUUAGAAGAAAAAUCCUUUGACCCUACAGCUAAAAAUUUCUAUCGAUUGAAUAAUAAGUGUCAAAAAUUAGAUAAUAAUUUAACAAAUGAUUUAUCAGAAACCUCCAAUUAUUUUAUUCAAUGUAUAGGAGAUGUUCCAACUCGUUGGAAUUCCAGUUAUCUUGCUUGGACAAGACUCAUAAAAAUCAAAGAAUUUAUUUCAUUGUUAGCAAAGUGGGAGCUUUUGAAGGAAUUAGUUAAAAUCUUAAAACCAUUUGAAGAAGCAACUACAUACCUUGGUGGAAGUUCUUACAUUACAUUCAAAGAAUUAGAUGAUGUUUUUAAUGAUGAAUUUAUUGAAGAAAUAGAAGAUGCUGAACAAAAUGAUUUUAAUCUAAACCAGCCAAUGCACACUGAAGGUAUACUGGGUUUAACUAAUAGGGUUUUAUAUAAUGCAAUGAAUUUUUACUGGAACUUUGAAAAUAAAGAGUAUAUGAUUGCUGUUAUGUUAGACCCACGUACAAAACAAUUGACUUUUAUUAGAGAACAGAAUAUAAAAGAUGAUUAUAAAUUGAAUUUACAAUUGAAAUAUAAUCAGAUAUCAGCUCAACAAUCAACAAUCACCAAUAUUUCAUCAACAAAU